AUGGCUCAAUCAAUUGAAUCGUAUUAUAUGGAGUUUUUACGUUGUGCUAGAUGUUCACAUGAUUUUGAAUAUGAAAAUCCAUUGUAUCGUCCAAUAACAUUACCUAUAUGUGGUCAUACAAUGUGUCGACAAUGUAUUGAUAUAAUACGUAAUCAAACAAAAUGUCCACAGGAUCAAGUUUCAUUUGGAAUAAAUCAUAUACCAAUUGAUCAAUUACCAACAAAUUAUCCAUUAUUAAUUGUUCUUUAUGAUCCAUCAAAAUUACCUAAAGGUGGUGAUAAACGUUAUGGUCAAUGCCCAUUUUAUAUGAAAUUUGAUGAGAACACAAAACUAACUUUUAAAGCUGUAGAAUCACUUUUGGGCAAGAUAUCACUUGCAAUUAAACCAAUAAUUAAUGAUAAACAAUGGCAAUCAAUAUUCAGUGAUUCAAUGACACGGAAAAUAUUUAGCUUAUUAAAUAGUCAAUAUAUUGAUCGUGCAAGUCGUUUAAAAGUUGUGGAAGCAAUACGUAGUCUUGGUGAACAUAUGUGUAUUGAUUUUAUUCUUUGUUGUCAAAAUUCUGAACAAUUAACAGAUAAUCUUCGGUCAGUUAUUGGUGUACAACAUGGUCAAUUUCUUGAACCAGCUAUGCAAGAAAUAGUAUUACAAUCAAUUGUAUCAUUUCUUAAAGACCAUUCCGCAUUAUCCAAUAAACAUCUUGUCCAUUCUGUGGUACUACAAGUAGGAGUAAACGAUCCAAAUGUCAUUCAACCAAGUGUUAACCGUAUUGUUAAUUUACUUUCUGGUGCAUCUUGUUUUCAAGUACAACGAAAUGGCGACUCUUUGUCAAUGAAACUUAAAUCAGAAUUUCAAAAUUAUGAAACUCUUCAUCGUUUUUAUAUAUCAUCUGAACAAUGGUCAUCACUAUUAUAUGGUGAUACAAAACAUGAAUUAUCAAUGCAAUCAAUUAUUGAUAAAUUAUCAACACCAGAUUCAUUUUCUCAAGCAAUUCAACGAUUUACAAAUGCUUUAAAAAGUGCUCGAUAUGCAUCAGACACUAUAUCAUAUUUAGAACCAUGUUUUAAAAUUUUAUCAAAAUUUGGUGUACCGAAUAAUGUUGAACAACAUCUUUCAAAUAAUAAUCAACAAGAUGACUCGAAUUGGGUAACAAUCACGCAACAAUUAGGCUGUGCUGAUAUAGUUUUGACAUAUUUAAUUGAUUUUAAACAUCACCUUCAUCACUAA